AUGGAUAUCGCGCUCGAAUUGAUGGACACAUAUGUGUUCGAUUACUGCUACUCUGCCAUCUUCCCGCCGCACGCCGCCGCGUACAAGGUCGACGGCGCCGGCUUUGGCACCAAUGCCACGCUGCCGCAGACUUACAACUCGUGGCAGUAUAAGCCGUCCAGCUUCCUCUUCACACUGGAGCCGACGCGCUACGCAUACGAAACCUCUGUGCCGCGCGACAAUGUCUUGCGCCAAUUCUUCUCCCUCUUCUUGAUUACAUGGUUCUUUGGUCUGCUGACCUACUUUAUGUUUUCGUCCCUCUCCUACUUCUUCAUCUUCGACAAGAAGACAAUGGAGCACCCCAAAUACCUCAAGAACCAGGUCUGGCUGGAGAUCAAGCAGGCCAACACAGCCAUGCCCGUCAUGUCGUUUCUGACGGCCCCCUUCUUCCUCGCCGAGGUGCUCGGCUACUGCCGCAUGUACGAGCGCAGCUCCGAGGGCCCCGGCCGCUGGUACGACAUUGCUCAGGUGCCUCUGUUCUUGUUCUUCACCGACAUGUUUGUCUACUUUAUUCACCGCGGCCUGCACCACCCGCUCGUCUACAAACACCUGCACAAGCCGCAUCACAAGUGGAUCAUGCCAACCCCGUACUCCUCGUACGCCUUCCACCCCGUUGACGGCUGGAUGCAGAGCUUGCCGUACCACAUCUACCCGUUGUUCUUCCCGUUGCAGAAGUGGGCCUAUCUGUUCCUCUUCAUCUUCAUCAACUUCUGGACCAUCAUGAUCCACGACGGCGAGUACGUCUCCAAUAACCCGGUCAUCAACGGCGCCGCCUGCCACAGCAUCCACCACCUGGCCUUCAACUACAACUACGGCCAGUACUUUACCCUCUGGGACCGCCUGGGCGGCAGCUACCGUGAGCCCGAGCAGGAGUUGUUUGACAAGAAGACUAAGAUGAGCAAGGACACCUGGAAGAAGCAGGUAAAGGAGAUGGAGACCAUUGUCAAGGAUGUCGAGGGCACCGACGACCGUGUCUACGACCCGGUAGACCUUGCCGAGUCCAAGAAGAAGCGGUAA